AUGUCUGUCUCUGCAAUCGGGUUCGAAGGCUACGAGAAGCGUCUCGAAGUGACCUUCUUUGAGCCAAGUCUCUUUCUCGACACUCAAGGGAAAGGCCUCCGAGCCUUGGCCAAAUCUCAGAUCGACGAGAUUCUCCAGCCAGCUGAGUGCACGAUCGUCUCAUCUCUCUCCAACGAUCAGCUCGACUCUUACGUCCUCUCCGAGUCCAGCCUCUUUAUCUUCCCUUACAAGAUCAUCAUCAAGACUUGCGGGACUACAAAGCUCCUCCUCUCCAUCGAGCCGCUCCUCAGGCUGGCCGGUGAGCUCUCUCUCGACGUCAAGUCUGUGCGGUACACUCGUGGAAGCUUCCUCUGCCCUGGAGGACAGCCGUUCCCACACCGCAACUUCUCUGAAGAAGUCUCUGUUCUUGAUGGUCACUUCGCCAAGCUGGGGUUAAACAGCGUUGCGUACUUGAUGGGCAAUGACGACGAAACCAAGAAAUGGCAUGUCUACUCUGCUUCGUCCGCCAGGAGCUCCAACAACAAGAAUGUCUACACGCUCGAGAUGUGUAUGACGGGUCUGGACAAAGACAAGGCGUCCGUCUUUUUCAAGAACGAGUCAGGCUCUGGUGGCUCUAUGACUGAUAACUCCGGGAUCAGAGAGAUACUUCCUCAAUCCCAAAUCUGCGACUUUGAGUUCGAGCCAUGUGGCUACUCGAUGAACAGCGUCGAAGGUGGCGCAAUCUCCACCAUCCAUGUGACUCCGGAGGAUGGAUUCAGCUACGCUAGCUUUGAAGCUGUGGGAUACGACUUCACCACCAUGGACUUGACUCACCUUGUCUCAAAGGUGCUAACUUGCUUCGAGCCAAAGCAGUUCUCAGUAGCGGUCCACUCUAGCGUCGGACAGAAGGGUUACGACUCUGGUCUCUGUGUAGACCUGAACGAUUACGGAUGCAGAGAGUCGACGGUGGAGUCUCUAGGAGAAGAGAGAGGAACAGUGAUGUAUCAGAGGUUUGAGAAGCUGGGAAGGUAUUGUGGUUCUCCGAGAUCGACUUUGAAAUGUGAGUGGAGCAGCAACAGUAGCUGCACUAGCGAGGACGAGAAGGAAGAGGGAAUCUAA